AUAUUCUGUACGCACACAGAGAACAUGCAGCAUUGUGAAAAUCACAUUGUUGCACACAAUAUCCAAGGGUUUAGAGACGAAAAAUAACGGAGCGAAUAAUCUGCACAUCGUCAUCGGCGUACUAUAGCCUACGUUAGGAUCCUAGAAACGAUGACCGAGAAUCCAUGUGAAUGACCAUAUUUAAGCUAAAUACUGUUCAUUUACUGCAACUGUCUGCAGAAUUGACAUUCAGUUAUGAAGGUGAAAUGGUUGUCGUUAUUUAUAAAAGUCGCAUUGUCCGACUUCUAAGAUUAAAAGAAGACGAAUGGUUAUGCUUCGCAAGCCAGCUGUGAGGUUUUGUUGCCAAGGCAACACAGACACCCACACUACAGUGUACGGCUCACCCUUGCUGAGCAGGCACAUUGGUCAAGACCCACAUAAAGCGACUGAACAACAAAAGAAAGAAAGAGUAAGCGAAGGUCACCCUGUGAAUCAAGAAUAGCGGCUGUAGAAACCAGAAGCUGAAUUUCAUCAUGAUCUGAUCCUAAUGUGCCGUACUCACCCAGACUAAAGGGGCUUCGUUGGCAGCAAGCUGGCAGAGAUAAAGCUCACAUAGGUGGUCCAGCAACGGCAACCCAGAGAUUAUAGAUUUGGAGAUUAAGAGACGACAGCAGGUCAGAGCACACUGCCUUGUUGAAAUCCGAGUUCCCACUUCACCAAUUCUGUUAAGAGCAGACUUGGGGAAAUUGGUUUCGACCAGCACGCAUUUGCAUGUACUUCUUGCAGGUGUAACUACUCGGAUCCUUAUUUUGUGCUUGAACUUUUUUAUCAUCUUUUGUUGAUGUCCUCACCUGCAAGCAGCUUCCAAUGAAGAUGAUGUAGAGUUGGAAAGGGAUGACUAUAAGUUGAUUAUGUCCCUGUGCUUGUGUGCUUCCCCCACAAAAUGUUUAUAAGUGCAGUUCACAUUAGCUUUGUGAGGAAACACCACCCCUUUCCUUCAGUGACCGCAGUGUUACAUCUCGGCUAGACGAAGCGUGAACGCAGCCAAACAGGAUUACAGAGUCACACUCAGACAAACCUCGACACAUACAGGACCGUUAUGGAACAGACACGGAUGACAGCCGCGCUUGUCUGGCACUGAGAUGUCAAAAGCACAGUGGGGACUAACUGUCAUUGCCGGGAAAGCAGAGCUGAUCAGAGAGACAGGUCUUUAGAGACAAAAGACUGGUGUGUGUUUGAACUGUGGCUGUGUGGAUAGAUCCGAGGCAUGUGGAAAGGGAAAACUGGAGGAGAUUCUGUAGCGUAGCACGAGGAGAGCCAAAAUAGAGAGCGGGAGGAUCACACACGUGGAGUGAUCAGAGAUCUGGAAUUUCACUGACAUGCAAUUUUGAGAGAUUCAUAGAAAAUAAGCAUUUGUUUUUUCUUCUAAAGCCUUUUUUGUGCAGCUUGGACACGGUGGCAGGGGCAGGUACAUGGCAGUGGGGCGGGCGCAUGCCGUCUGUGCCUCCACAGCGAGAGGGACGUUUGGGCUUCAGCUGGGGAUGGGCUGCAUGGGCACGGACUCAAAGGACAGGGGAGUUGAGACCCUGGUUACCCGUCGGGACUGGACCUAUGGCUGCAGCUGCGGGAGAACGCGGUGCACGGACGAGCUCGGGGGGCAUGCGAUGCUCCCUGCGUUUCUGUGUGAUCUUGGGGUCCCUGGCCAUCCUCUUUCUCACGUCGCUUUUCUACUCUUACUCGGUAAAAGGAGCCGGACUGCCUUACCUGGAUCCCUCGGCAUGGGAAGAUCCACACAGAGUUAAGCUUGUUCCUAGUUACGCCGGUUCCCAGCGGACGAUCCCUGCAGAGAGCACCCAACAGAAGACAUGUGCCUGUGCUCGGUGCGUGGGUGACCCGGGUGUCUCUGACUGGUUUGAUGAGAACUAUGAUGCAGACAUCUCACCCGUGUGGACACGGGACAACAUCCAGCUGCCUUCAGAUGUGUACUACUGGUGGGUGAUGUUGCAGCCUCAAUUCAAACCCCACAAUAUCCAGCAAGUUCUGCAAAGGCUGUUUCAGGUCAUUCCAGGCCGUUCCCCAUAUGGUUCAUGGGACCCUGCCCGAUGCCUGCGCUGUGCUGUGGUGGGGAACUCGGGCAACCUCCGUGGUGCAAGUUAUGGCAAAACGAUUGAUGACCAUAACUUCAUCAUGAGGAUAAACCUGGCUCCCACUGUCGGCUAUGAAGAGGACGCAGGCAGUCGUACAACACACCACUUCAUGUACCCAGAGAGUGCCAAGAACCUGGCGGCCAACGUUAGCUUUGUGCUGGUGCCCUUCAAAACUCUCGACUUAUUGUGGAUCACCAGCGCCCUCUCCACCGGACAAAUCCGCUUUACUUACGCCCCAGUAAAGCAGUUCCUGCGUGUUGACAAAGACAAGGUUCAGAUCUUCAACCCUGCUUUCUUUAAAUACAUCCAUGACCGCUGGACACGACAUCAUGGCCGCUAUCCAUCCACUGGCAUGCUGGUCUUAUUCUUCGCUCUGCAUGUGUGUGAUGAGGUGAAUGUAUUUGGUUUCGGGGCUGACAGUCGGGGAAACUGGCACCAUUAUUGGGAGCAGAACCGCUAUUCGGGAGAGUUUCGUAAAACAGGUGUCCACGACGCAGACUACGAAGCCCAGAUCAUCGACAAGCUGACCAAGGCUGGCAAGAUCUCAGUGUUUCCUGGAAAGUGAAUCUGGGCACCAGGUGCAAAGACAUUGACCUACCGAUGAACAAAACCACCCAUUAUCAACCUGACACACUUUUUGUGCCGUUAACAGUGAUCGAGAAGUUACGUCUCCAUGAUUUUAUCACCAUUCUUGGAUGUCCUGACUGGAUAGGAUUCUGGGCAGCACCCCCUUCCCACAAUGUGGUGGUUUUGAGAGGCGAUACUAUAAACUGUGCUGUUCUUUGCAGGCCUACCUCAACCAGGAUAAGGAACUUGUCUAGCGAGCGAUUACCACUAAAGAGUAUGUACGGAAAACGUGCUGGGAAUGGAAGUAACUCGUAUUUUUGACAUUUGUUGAAAGCUGAUGAUGCAGGAAUUAAAAUGUGAAUCAGCCGAUCCAACAUGUUCUUGAUGGGUUAAACCAACAAUCACCAUAUUCAGUAUCCAUAAUAUAAUCUAGUAGUACUCUGUGAUUCAUUACAACUUAAAGCUUGGACACUGUGGAUCGUUCACUAUGGUAUAUAGCGCUCUGCAGCAGUUACAUUUUGUACGUCACUAGGCGCAUGUGGUUGCGUGAAAGUUUACACGUUCGUACUGUAAAAGCAAGCUUUUUUGUUUUAUAAUAUAUUUUAAGGCUUGAGUGUUUAUAAAGCAUUCUUGCCAUAAGCUUGAAUCAAUGUGUGCUCACUGCAAUCCAUGUAUUUUCAUUUAGAUGUUUUUGCAAAUGCGAAGAAAAAUGAAAGGCAGCCUCUUCUAAACAUCACGAGUUUAAGUGAAUCGAAACCACCAUUGUGAAUAUUGUGUAUAAACUCAAGAGCGACAUUCAUCAAGCUGUGUUAAGGGUUUAGAGGUGCACUGUGAACAGUGAUAGUUUAAAUAUUGAUCUUCAGCCAACCACCAUCUUGAAACAAAUGUAACCAUGUUUAUAUGCUGCCACCAAGGGUUUAGUGAUGGAAAUGAAAUAAAGUUCACAUGCCAAAAGCACUGGAUGUUGAAAAGUGGAACAUCAGUAUCUUGGAUGACCGUGUUGGUGGUGUUUCUUGUAAAAAUUCACAGCCUUUAGCCUGCUGUUCAGUCAGUCACCAUCAAAGUAUUUUUUUUAGCAUUUCUGCACCAAGUUUUUGGUUUCUCUUGUAUAAUUUAUUACCUUUUAUAAGUGUUAGACAGUAUGAAGAGUAAGCAGAAUGAGCUUUCCACAUUUUCACCUUCAGGUGCACUAGUUUUUUCAAAUGUAGACAUAUCAGCUAUUUCGGUGUGUAAAUGCUCACACACACACACACAUGCUUGCGUGCCUUGUCCUUGCUUAUGGACACCGUCUCUUUCCAGAGCACAGCUAACCUCAAACUGGAGUUUCUUUUCCCCCUUUAGUCGUCUUAGACGCAUUUAUUGACAUACAUUCGCACAAAUCUGGGCUUUAAAAUAGGGCACCCACCAGCUGUUCUCAUCUACACGUGCUCUGGAAACAUUCACGGCUUUUCCUCACCCUCUCAUCUGCUUUACUUUGCGCUAAGCCAAGUGCCGUGCCUUUGCCAUUAGGGUCACCAAUGUAUCCCAUUGAUUUAAAAGCUACCUACCUGUGUUUGCCGUCGCUUCUGGAGUCUCAUUAAAGAUGUUAAAACAGACCUGUGGCACGUGAUGGGCCUGAUAGCUUUUUGAUUUUUUUAUAAGCUGUCGAUGUAAUUGUCUUUUCCUAUAUAUAUAUACUGGAUAAUGGUGAUAUGCGCACCUGUAGUGGCUUUAUUAUAUUGAAGCCUGAGGGAUUACUUCACAGUGAAAUAUUCUAGUAUUACAAAUGUAUAGAAUAACUGCCCUUUGAUAUAAACACAGUCAGAAAAAGGUACAGAAGUUGUCACUGGGAUGGUAUAAAAAUGUCAUGUGUACCAUUUGGUACAGAUAUGUACCUUUGUGGAACCUGUCUAAGGUACCAAUGUGCACAUUUUAGGUAGAAAAGUGCACUUUUUGAAAAGGUCCCAGUGACAACUUUUGUUCCUCCUUAUAUCUGUUUUUUUCCUGAUCGUGUAGAAUAUUCCUUGGGAAUAUUGAGAGCAGUUUGUCGCCAAAGAGUUUUAUCCUAUUAAUAACUUUUUUGUUCUUGAGGAAAGCAAAAUAAGUUGGAUUUUGAAGUUCUUCAGAUGGUUGUUUACCAGUAUUGACUAAUUACAGAGUUCUAGUUAGCUGGUUCUGUGCCACAAGAUAACCGUAUAGUUUAAUGAUAUUUAGGAAAAUCUUGAACAAUUAAUUUAGGGAUUAUAGACAAACUUUCUAAGAACCUUUCUUUCAGUCCUUGUAUGAUAAUUAAUUCGAAUUAAAGGUGCAGUGUGUAAAUUUUAGCAGUAUCUAGUGGUGAGGUUGCAAAUUGCAACCAAUGGCUCAGUUCACUGCUAACCCCUCGCUUUUGAAAGCAUAGAGAAGCUACGGUAACCACCACCGGACAAACAUGUCUUCUUCGGAGACAACUAAGUAAAAAAAGUUUGUCCGUUAAGGGCUUCUGUAGAAACAUGGUGGCACAAAAUGGCGACUUCCAUGUAAGGGGACCCUCUGUGUAUGUAGAUAAAAACGUCUCAUUCUUAGGUAAUAAAAACAUAACGGUUUAUUAUGAAAGGUCUUUAUACACUCCUGAUAAUAUAGUUUUGUAUAAUAUUUUGCAUUUCUGUCAAGAGAUCCUUCUAAAAAAAAUUACACACUGCACCUUUAAGAGGUUUUUGUAGUAUUGAAUACUUUGUGGGGUUAGAGGAAUGUAAUUCAGAGAUGUUGAAUACUAAAUGAAUGCAAACUUUAAUGCUUCAUUUUUUCUGCUGCUCUUAUUUACGCUAAUCUGAAACCUUCAGCAUCCAGAGAGUGAACAUUUUUUCAACAUGUAAAGUUGAAGACUAAAUUGACAGGACUUUAAUAAAAUGGUGGUGAAGGGUACAAACGUGUGUCCUAUUUACUCCACUAUCAACUUAAUCUUGAAUCCCAUUUUAUGUAAAACCUUAAAUCUGACUUCUUCAACACAGACUGUACAUAUCCUCACUGUGCCACUGUGUUUGCUCUCAUUAAUGUCACAUUCGUGUUGGUUAUAGUGACGUUUGGGUCUAUGUUCUUUUCACAUCCUCAGUCUCUGUGUGAUUAUAAACUGUUUUUAAUCUUUAUUCUACUGUACUAAAUAAACUAUAAAAAGUU